AUGCUUGCCACGAGAGUGCUACGAGCCGCCGCGGGCGGUCCCAAGCCCAACAUCACCGGCUUCAACAUGCGGGCGUUCCAAGCAUCAACCGGCCAGCCUCGAUACGAUCCCUGGGAGCGAAACGAGGCCUGGCGAUACCAGGGUCCCUAUACCCGCUGGAACCGUCUCAAGGGCGGUUUCCCCGGUCUCGGCAUCGCGACAGUCGCUUUCACCGCUUACUGCGGAUACGAAUACUUCUUCCUCGAGGACGAGCACCACCACGGCGAGGCGCAUGGAGAAGAGCACCACUAG